CUUCUAUUACGGAGUACCUCGUCUUCUUCCCUCUCCCUUGUCCAUCCUGCGAUCCAUGCAACAUUCGUGAUCCUUGAAUGGCUACACGAUAUUAUCACCUCCCAGAUUGCUACCCGCCACCCGCUCUCUCUCUCCUCUCCGUCUCCGAGUCUCCACUCUAAUCACUACUCCCGCCUAACUGUCCAACCCCAAAUUGGUCUGAGAGGUGGGACAAAACUGCUCGACCCAUGCUGCAACUUGUGAGAACCUGCGCAACCCACGAGCCGAGAUCCUGGAUACCUGCUAUGUCUAGGCAAGGGUAGAUGGGCUGCUGGAGCUAUCCCAAUUAGCACGUCAUGGCCCGCGCCUCCAGCCUGAAGCUUAAGAAGCUCCCGCAGCUGCCUUUAAGCUUCGAGCCUCAAGCUUCUUUACUCCUCGUCUUGAGCUUGAGUACAGCGCCCAAUUGAGCUAAACAUGGCCAUGCGUGCGUGUUUCGUUGCCGCCAGCUUCUUGCUUGGCUCGGCCAAAGCUAUCACCCCCGAGGGUCUGCUUGCUGCUCCUCGCAGAGGCACCGCCAACUUGAACCCUAGUGGCGAAUGGGCUCUUUUCACCUCCACGUCCUACAACUGGACUACCCACAAGUCCAAGACUACGUGGCAGCUCCUCAACGUCGAGAGCGGCAACAUCACUGUGGCCCCCUUUGACGCCGAGGUCUCCGAGGUUGUCUGGGUUGGUGACACCGACACCAGCAUCCUCUACAUCAACGGCACGAACGAUGAGGUUCCCGGAGGUGUCACCCUCUACACCGCUGACAUUGGUGCCGAAGAGUUCUCCCCAUCUCUCGUCGCUUCGCUUGAAGCACCCUUCCAGGGUCUCAAGGCUGUCAAGAAGGAGAACGGUGACAUCAGCUUCGCUGUUAACACUCUUGCCUACGCCAACAACGGCUCUGCGUACAACCCAGAGCUUGCCACCGUCCCAUUGAGCACCGGCCAGCUCUAUGACAACAUCUAUGUCCGCCACUGGGAUGUCUACAUUGCCCACGAAAGAUAUGCUGUCUUUGGUGGAUCUCUCGUCAAGGGUGACAAGGGACUCAGCUUCGACGGAAACGUCACCAACCUUCUCUUGGGUAUCAAUGCUACUGUUACCCGUCCUGAGACCCCCGUGCAGCCAUUCGGCGACCAGGGUGAUUAUGAUAUUAGCCCCGAUGGCAACACUGUUGCUUUCCUCACCAAGGCUCCCGAGCUCCCCAAGGCAAACUUCACUGCCAGCUACAUCUACCUUGUUCCCAUCGACGGUUCUGAGGCACCUGUUGCCGUCAACGGCCCCGGCUCUUCCGCCCCUGAGGCCGCCAAGGGUGCCUCUGGUGCUCCCCACUGGUCCCACGAUGGCAAGAAGCUCGCAUACAUCCAGCAGGAUGGUAUCUCAUACGAGUCCGACCGCUACAAGCUCUACGUAGCCGAGGUCGAUGGUCUCAACUCCAAGGUCACCCCCGUUGCCGAGAACUGGGACACCAGCGUCUCUACCUUCAAGUGGAGCCCCGAUGAUGUCGAUCUGUGGGUUGCCUCCGAGCUCCACGCCUCUGUCCGUCUUUGGCUCGUCCCCGCUGAUGCCGAGGCUGACUUCAAGCCUGUCAACUUCACCGGACCUGACACCACCUUGGCUGAUUUCGACAUCUUGAAGGAUGGCUCGGCUCUUGUCUCCGCCGCUUCCAGCUGGACCAGCCGUAUCUUCUACAGCCAGUACCCUGGACAGGACAAGAAGGUCAUCUUCACUGCCAACGAGGUCGACCCUGAGUUGGCUGGCCUCUACCCCAACUCCACCUCCAACUUCUGGAUCACCAACAAGGACGGUGACAAGAUCCAGACGUUCGUCUUCUACCCCUCCGACUUUGAUCCCAGCAAGAAGUACCCUCUCGCAUUCGUCAUUCACGGUGGACCUCAGUCCAGCUUGGGCGAUGCAUGGAGCACUCGUUGGAACAUGCGCACCUGGGCUGAUCAGGGCUUCGUUGUCACCUCCACCCAGUUCACCGGUACGCCCAGCUACAGCCAGGAAUUCACCGACAAGAUCCAGAACAACUGGGGUGGAACUCCUUACACUGAUCUCGUUGAGACCUUCGACUACAUCAAGGAGAACAUUGACUACAUUGACACUGACAACGCCAUUGCUGCCGGUGCCAGUUACGGAGGCUACAUGAUCAACUGGGUUCAGGGUCACGAGCUCGGCAGGCGCUUCAAGGCCCUUGUCGGCCACGAUGGCAAGCUCAACCAGGUCGGUUCCUACGGAACUGAGGAGCUCUGGUUCGUCCAGCAGGACCAGAACGGUACCAUCUGGAACGACCGCGAGAACUACGAGAGGUGGGACCCAUUGAACCACGCCGUCAACUUCUCGACCCCUCACUUCGUUGUGCACAACGACCUUGACUACCGUCUGCCCAUCGCUGAGGGUAUCAUGUUGUUCAACAUCCUCCAGAGUCUCGGUGUCCCCUCCCGAUUCCUCCACUUCCCCAACGAGAACCACUGGGUCUUGAACCGCGAGAACAGCUUGGUCUGGCACAAGUCCAUCUUCAACUGGAUCAGGUACUACACUGGCCAGGACAAGGAGUUGAUCCAGGACAUUGUCAUCAAGUCCUAAGCAGAUUUCCUAGCGUGGAGAUGAUGGAUGAAAAUGAACAAAAGAACGUAAUUGUAAUGACAAUCUUUAAUGUAGUAGUAGUACUAGGUAGUAACAACAUAUUGAUGCGACUACCCGCAUGCAUGAUGUAAAUCUAUGCAAGCAAAAGAAAUGUUCUUGAA